CAUUCGCAGGCAUGACUUUUGGAAAAAUCAUUUUGAGAAACAAGUGCGUCGUACUAGGCUCACCCACAACGGGCAAGACCGCUCUGACACAACUCUUCCACAGCGAUGGAACCCAGUACGCUAAAACAUACGCCAUGACUCUCCACUGCGACACAAGCCUCAAACCUAUCACCAUCCCCGAUACACAAUUUACCGUCGAUCUUUACAUUCACGAUAUAGGAUGCUCAGAUCUGUUUGCACAAGAUUGGGUCAAAUACACCGAAGGUGCCACGUCAUAUAUGAUCGUAUAUGAUGUGACAAACGCAGACAGUUUCAAGGAUGUGGGGAAGUGGAUGGAAAUAGUAUCAAGAGGAGCGCAAGGUGUGCUCGUUGCAAAUAAAACGGAUCAAACUUCUCGUCGGGUCGUAAGCACGGCGCAAGGGGAGGAGUUGGCCUCGAGGUUUGGGCUGGGGUACUUUGAGUGUUCUGCAGCAACAAAUACAGACGUGGAGGCCCCAUUCUAUUAUCUGGCGAGCACCUUCCAUCAAGCCUUCAUGGACGCAUGUCAAAUCUUCGAAAGAGGCGUAUAAACGCAGCAAUUAGUAAUAAUAUAAAAAAUCCAAAAAACCAUCACACACUUUCUUCCCCUUUGAUACCCUCCCUAACCCGUUCCCAUCGUCCCUUCCAUCUCUUUAUAACCUCAUCCACGCCCACUACCAAAGACCCAACACCCAACACUACAAUCCAGUCACCAAACGUCAAAUCUACUGUCUGAAAUAUCGCUUGAAGUACACUCCAGUGCACGACCGCGAGUUGAAAGAGGAUGCAGGCGAGGGCAGCGAAAUUAAACAUGCGGUUGGUGAAGAGUCCAAGAGAGAAGAGGAUGGAACGGGUCUGGGAACGGCAGGUGACGGCGUUGAAGAGAGAAAAGAAGACAAAGACAGUAAAUGUCUAGUAUGAUGAAGAUUAGCACUCGUGUCCCCCAACCACAAGCAUCAAUCGAAAAAAUACCAUUGUGGACCCUCUCCGCCCAGCCUCAUCCUCAUCCACAAACCCUCUCCCCAACUCCAAAGAAUAAAUCCCUAUGGUACCAACAACCACCACAAAGGCGGACAUAAGUACCCGGCUCA